CUCCAGGCAGAAAAACUGGCCUGCCAGAGUUUAAAAAAAAAAAAAAAAGACUGCGGGGGGGAAAAGCGCGCGCCUAGAGCCCAGUCCGCUGCUCGUUCGUAGGAGUUCAAGUGUUCGGUGUACGAAGCAACAUGACACUUCAGGCUGACUUUGAGACUGCGGCAGAAAAUGUUAAAAAAUUAAAGUCCAAGCCCAUCGAUGAUGAAUUAAAGGAACUGUAUGGACUCUACAAACAGGCUACUGUAGGAGACAUCAACAUUGAGUGCCCUGGGAUGUUAGAUUUGAAAGGCAGAGCCAAAUGGGAAGCUUGGAAUCUGAAGAAAGGUAUAUCAAAAGAAGAUGCUAUGAAAGCCUAUAUUUCUAAAGCAAAUGAAAUGAUCCAGAAAUAUGGAAAAUAGAAUUUCCUUAAACACUUUAUCUCUAAGUAGCUCGUGGUACUUUCAAAACUAUGUUAUUAAUUUUAAUGUCUGGCCUAAAACUUAAUCUGUAACAAUUUCAUUUUAAUCAUUAUGACAUUGAUUGUGCUUUACAUUUUCUAUCUUAAUACAUAACUUGUUUUGACCAGUUUUUUAGACUCCUCAUUCCAAUAACAGACUUUUGGUACUUAAAGUCUCAAACAUUUGUAAUAGCAUAAGUUUUUGUGAUCGCUAUUUUAUCAAAGAUGUGUGGAACAUAAUUCUGAGAGAAUAAUACUAUAAUAUAUACACACAAUGAUUAUUGCUGGUAAAAGAAGCAAUAGUUUAAUAAAUGAGUAUAGAAUACUAAAUAACAGGUCGAACAUAGUGACAAUUGCAGAAUAAUUCAUUAUUAACAAAACGUCUUGGAUGAAGCACGAUUUUGCAUUUAUGAGGUUCUUCUGUUCAGUAGGAUAAGAAAUCUUGGUUUCAGUUUAAUUUGCAAUAAAUAUUGUUAAGUGUG